GUUAGUUUAGUAAUGAGCCAAAGAGGAGGUGUCCAUCAUUUAGUUCCCUUAACUUCAAUCUCGACAGGAGCAUCUAGAGCCAAUUCUGGUUUUGCAACACCUAGGCAUGAUGCUAGAUGCCAAACAACUAGUUUGGGUUCUACACUUCCGAGGGAUUAUAGAAUAAGAAAAGUUUAUUUAUAA